CCGUGCGGUGUGCGGCGGCGGGGACGUACCCCGGUGCGGCGGCCGUGGGGUGCUCGGUGCGCGCCGGCGCUCUCUCGCUCUCGCUCGCUCUCUCUUUUUUUAAAGUGUGACUGAAACAAAACAAAGCCAAAGGGACGCUGGAUCUAUCAUUGGUUGAUUUUCCUCCUCCUUUUUUUUAUGAUCAAAAACAACCCCCCACUCGAGCAAACAAACACACACAAAAGCAGAAAGAAAGGGUCUUACUCAGCAGCAGCAUGGAUGUCUUGGCUAGUUAUAGUAUAUUCCAGGAACUCCAGCUUGUCCACGACACCGGCUACUUCUCAGCUUUGCCAUCCUUGGAGGAAAACUGGCAGCAGACUUGCCUGGAGCUGGAGCGGUAUCUUCAGACUGAACCACGGAAGAUCUCUGAGACCUUUGGUGAGGAUUUGGACUGCUUCCUUCAUGCCUCCUCAGCCCCAGAUACAGAGGACAAUAUCCGACAGCUGGACCCCAUCCUUUUACCGGUGGAGACAAGUACGUGUGACAAAAGCGCCAACAUGGACAUUAUCCUCUCGCGAGACAAGCUGCUGUCUGAGACGUGCCUCAGCUUGCAGUCCACCAGCUCUUCCACAGAAGGCUACACAGCCGUCAACCAGGCCCAACUCAAUGCAGUAACCUCUUUAACGCCCCCUUCCUCUCCAGAGCUCAGCCGACACCUUGUAAAAACCUCACAGACUUUGUCAGCAGUGGAUGGCACGGUGACAUUGAAAUUGGUGGCCAAGAAAACUUCACUCAGCUCCGUGAAAGUGGGUGUAGCAACAGCAACUGCGGGGACGAUAAAAAGCGGGCAAAGUGACAGUGAACAAGGAGGUACAGGGGCAGAAGCAUCCCCGGAAAACAAGAAGAGAGUUCAUCGCUGUCAAUUUAAUGGAUGCCGGAAGGUUUAUACAAAGAGCUCCCACUUAAAGGCUCACCAGAGGACUCAUACAGGUGAGAAGCCUUACAAGUGCUCGUGGGAAGGGUGCGAGUGGCGUUUUGCACGGAGCGACGAGCUCACGAGGCAUUACAGAAAGCACACGGGUGCAAAGCCCUUUAAAUGCAACCAUUGUGACAGGUGUUUUUCCAGGUCUGAUCACCUUGCCCUCCACAUGAAGAGACACAUCUAAGUAUCAGUCAGCUUGGCAUGGAUGUUGUCUGAGCUUAGUGUUGUGAGAUGAAAGUGGAACUCAAGUUACAAUGUGCUACCAUGCCGGAGAAGAGACCUUGAUCACGUGUAAUCCUCUGUACUGAGACCACACGCUCACACUGUUAUGCACCCAAUUAUACUUCAAUACGUACAUCAGUUCUUUAUGCCUUGCUCCAGCUGGAUGGGAAAAGAUGAAGGCGAGGAAAUGGUAUAGAGAUGAAGUCAAUGAGAAGGAACAGUUGCUUACAGUACUUCAUCCCUCUUGGAUUUGUUUCCUGUUUUUGCUGAUAGAAAUCAAACAAAACAGAGGAGGCUUCCCUGCAGGUGGACAGCAGUAGGAGGGGCUUAUUUAACUUGCUUCUCAGUGCAACUCAGUAGGAGGAUAUGUUGUCUUGAAGUUGCAUAUUUGUAGCACUAACUUUCUUUUUAAAUAGAUGGGGGGAAAACAUUGACCUAGAAAACCAAAUUCCAGUUUGGUAGCCAAAAUUAACCUCUCGGUUCAUUUGUUCUUUGUUUGAGAAUUCCUAAUGUUCAGUGUGUCAGACUUCUCACAGACACUUUGACCUGUCUUGGUUUUGGUUCUUCUUCCUAGAACUGAGCUAUUGAGAUCCUUUUAAGUCAAUAUCAGUGGCCUUAAUGGCAGUAGACUGUGGAGUGACACUUGUGACACAAAUAUCCUCUUUUUGGCCUGAAUUUAGGUAGACAUCACGGAGGACUGUAUUUUUGUUGCUUGUUUUUAUUUUAAGUUUUAUUUUGGCUAUCACACAACAUAUGCACUAGGGACUCUGGAAGCUGCUGCCCUGAUGGCUAAGAGGCCAAGGGAUAAACCCCUAAGAAACAGCACCUAAUAUCUCUUUAGGACUCACCUUAUUGGCAUAGCUAGGACUUCUUAUUUGUUGAACAAAAAACUUUAUAAGCUUAUUUGGAAGCUUAUUUUUUUUCUCAUUUCUCCACGGACAAGUGAUCUUCAGAACUACUUGAUUUCACCUGGAUAUCAGUCUGGGACUGGCCACACAGGCAUGACUACAGGAUUCCUUCCACAUCAUGUGAUCAUGUUAGCCACAACCCACAGUGACUCAGUGAUGAAGUAUGUUGCUUUUUCUUGCUGUUCUUCUAUUACCCAACUUAAAACAUUAGACUUUUCUUUAUAUAAAGAGCACCUGCAGACAUUUUAAUUUAAAGCUAAUGUUUGUUACACACAAACACACAAAAAUACCAAGCCAAAAAUCCUACUCCAGUCUCUGAGUGGGAAAUCAAGAACCUCUUCAGUGACUUCAUUCAGCAUUAGCCUUUAAAAGAUAGAAUCAAAGUCCUCCUUUUCCAUUCAUCAAGUUGAUACUGUAUCUCACUCCUAUAUGAAAGAAAAGGUAACAAUGUGAAUGGUGAAGGAAGGGUUGGAUUUUCCAAACAGCAAUGAGGCCUUUCCAAAUGAUUGGUCUAAAGUAUUACUAACCUAGAGGUCCAUUUCGGCCUACUGCGUGAACCAUCAAGGAGAAGUUGGAGGUCUCAUGCUCACCCUUCAGGCCUAUUGAUAAUUUGAUUUUGUUGGCUCAAAGUGGAUUAAAGUCUUCAUUACAAAAGAAAAACAAAAAAAUGUAUUGUACCAUAACUUGUAUUUGAAACUAUUUGGCACUGGCCCUGACUCCAAAGACUGCAUUUAGGACCAUAAAAAUGGCCUAUGCAAGCAGGCAGGUGGUCAUUAGGUUGUAUAUUUUGUAUAUUGUGGGACCAUCCCCACAAGAUGUGUCUAGAAAUGAAACAAAAUGGCACGUGGCCCACAAAUGGUUGCUGCUUUUUUAUACUGAAUUAGCCAACUGCCUUUCUUUGACUGUUUUGACUCAUAGACUGUUAAAUAUUUCCCUUAAUUUCUGUUUUGAGAGGUAAAACUGUACCCUUAGGGGAAGAAAGAACAAACAAGAAACUGAAUAGAUGUUUAAGAGCUGGCACCGGGAUCCUUGGCACUUGAAUGCUCAGCAUUUUGCAACCUUUGGUUCCAGUGAGAGAUUGGAUUUACUCAAAAGAUGCUGUUUUUCCUCACGGUUUUCACAAAGCACUGUGACUUGUCGACUGAACACUUUGGGAAUAGGGGGAAAAUACCAUGUCUGGCCCAUAUGGUAUGAAAUAUGGACCAAUUUGUCGCCAUCUUUUAGGGACAAUGAUGUAACAUUCAUGAUAAGGGCAUGACAGAGAGCAAGAGAGAGAGUGAAAGAAAGAAGAGAAAGAGCGAAAGAGAUAGAACAAAAAUUGAAUUAAUUCCAAAGAUUUAAAACUAACUAUACUCAUGUGUAUAUAUAUAUAUGCUUAUAUAUAUAUAUGUAUACAUUUGAAAAUUGCCGAGCACUGCUUGCUGACAAUCUCGUAUUUCUCUACUUCUGUAUUUGCUUACUUUUUAUGGCCAUUCCAUCCAGCUAUUCCACUGGGACUGAGGGCCCUAGAAUCCAAUUUGUGUUGGAAUAUAUAGAGCAUCCUGACUGAUGUCUAAUGGGAACUGAAACCUCAGCUGUGUGAAACUGUAGAGUAUCCAGUCAGUGCAUUAGAUUUAAAAAAGGAUAAGAGCAACCCAAAAUUUUAUUACUGUAGUAUCCUAAAGUGUGUGCUCUCAAACCCACCACUAUAAUGUUCAUUGGCUUUGAACUUGCAUAAAUAUCCUCCUUUGGCCUCUGAACACACCUGCCUUUAGACUUUCUAUCAGUAGUCUACAAAUCUUGAUUAUAAAGUGUUGGUUUAAGUACCAGACUCUAUUUAAAAUGGAAACAAUCAAGCAAGACCGUUUAUUUACUUUGAGUUGUUAUUUAUGGUCUUGUUGACAUCUUCUUUAAAUAAGGCAGAACAAGAACCCCAUGGAAAAAAAACCCUGAAAUAUCUGAUUAUUUUGUUCUAGGGGCAGGCCUACAUCUAAAUCAUGGAUCCAACUAGCUUAAAAAACAGAGAAAAAGGGGAUAAGAGACUUAACCAGAUUUCUCAGGCUUUCUCUGUGGCAAGGGCAAGUCUUGAACUCGGAAGCCAAAUUUUGAGCUUUGGGACCAUCUCUUCUGUAAGCAAAAGGAGAUAUUUUUCACCUUUAAACAUGGUGUACUCCGUCUGUCUCUGGAAUUCAGUUUUUGGGUGCUCAUAUGAAAGUGUUUUAGUCGUUACUAGAAUUUUGAACCAUGACUGUUUUUUUCUAGGAGUCUCCAUUUUGGAAAGGCAUAAUAGUGACACAUUCCAGGAUAUAUUUUUUCACAAUGGCAAGUUUUGUUUCUUUGCAGAUAUUUUAAGCUGUGCACUUCAAUCUUGUGUAAUCUGUUAUAGGUAGAUGUGUUUUGGGUCUGUGUCUCCUUGCUAAAGGUGUACAGUCGUCCUCUGUAAACUAUGAGUAGAAACAGACUAAUGAGGAAAGCUAAUCCUCCCUAUAAGGCUUCUUGGAAGUAAAUGCAUAAAUAGAUGAUUUAGUAACAGUUGGGGACCGAAUUAUCCAGCUGUAGAAAGGAGAAGCUUAACCUUGUUUCCUUCAUGCUAGAUUUAUGCUUAUUUGCAAAAGAGAAGUAAGAAAGUCAGAUUGUGGUUUCCAAGGUCAUGGAAGUAUAGGAUGAGGACAAAUUGAUACAAAAGACUAAAAAAUAGUGUACAUAGGGGAAGCAACUAAAGCAAAUGUGAGUUUUUGUGAAUAGAUAAAUAAUAUUUUGGAGCAGAGCAGUCAGUCAUAGAAUCAUGCAGGUGGGAAGGGGCUUCCGGAGGCCAUCGUGGCCAAUCUCCAACUAGAGCUGACUGCUCAGGGCCAUACACUGCUCAGUUUUAAAUAUCCCCAAAUAUGUAAAUUCUGUAACCUCUCUGUACAAGCUGAUCCAAACCACCUUUAUGUUAAAAAAAAAAGAAAAAGAAAAAAGAAAAGAAAAAUCCAUGUGUCAAGGUAGGAAUUUUUCAGGUUCAACUUGUUUUCAUUGCCUCUUUCACUAUGCACCUCUAAGUAGAGGCUGACUUCUUCUCUACACCCUGUGUUAGGUAUCUGUAGACAGCAAUAAGAUCUACCCUUAACCCAUCUCAUUUUAAGGUAUCUCAGCUUCUCUUCAUUCAUCAUAUGAGCCAGGACCUGAUUUCCAUGGCGGCUCUCUGCUAUACUCGCUCCAAUAUGUCAAUAAUUUUCUUGAAAUGGGAGACCAAAACCAGACAGGAUCUUUCAGAGCAAGACAUGCUUCAUAUGUUGCAGUGUUGACAUAUUUAUUCUGGAUUUUUCCAUUAUCUAAUUGAGACAAGCUAUAGUUUAUGACAAGAUUCUAUUUUGAAAACUGACUUACAAAAAAUCGUUUAGGAAGCACCGGUCUAAAGAUUUUUCUAGCCAGAUUUGCUGAAUCUGUGUAUAAAAAUAUGAUUAUAGGAAUAUGCUUUCUAUAGUGCCAACUUGAUGCCUGGCAAGAACAAUUCUGUUUUUCCAACAUUCCUCUUUUACCUUAAACUAAAAAUGUAUUAUUUCACUCGUAUCAAAUAUGAAGAAUGUGAUGCUGUAUUUUAGACCAAAACAAAACUUCAAUGCAUCUUUGUUCUGUUUGUUUUUCCCCUUGGGAGAUAAGAAGUCACCUAAAAUAUCACAUGUAUUUUAUAAAGUUUGAUCUAAUAGAAAAAGGGAUUCCAGAGUCCAGAGUAUUUUCUGUUAUCCCAGAAUUGUUCCUUUUCAAUAGCCAGUACUCAGUCUAGAAAAUCACAUUACCUGGAUAAAUUGGCUAAUGAAGAAAAGAAAGGACAGACUGAAAUCCUGUAUUCAUUCAAUGUCUUGGACAAGGCCCUAAGCAGUCUCAUCUGACUGAACUCUUUUUUAAACAGAGGGUUGAAUUAAGUGACUUCCAGAGGUAUUUUCCAACUAAUUUUUCUGUGUUUCUAUGACUCACUUCAGAGCUCCCGCUGAUUAGAUGUGUUGCAGUUCUAGUUCUUCCUAGUCUUGUGCUGGUGGAACAGACUAAAGGACAAGUCUGUAGGGUUUCUCUCAAACUCUGAUAGUUCCAUCCUAAUUAGGCUUCUUCAUGAGGGACAUUUAGAGAAGAGGCAAUCUUAAAAAACCCAAAACCUUUGGCAAACCAGUUUGAUGCAAUAUCAUUCCAUGAGAGGUGUCACAGCUGCAGGGACCAACCAGAUAUUGUGGAAAUAAGUUUGCUAGCUGGGAAGGUCCAUGUAACGUCUCAAAAAUAGUUCCCAGGGACUGAUAUGUAAGCUAACAUAUAUUUCUACAAAGGUAAACAUUAUUUGGGGGUUUUAAAUUCAUUACUGUUUUCCUCCAACUUUUUGGAAUUGAAUUUACUGUUUUUUUAGGCUAGCACAUUUCCACUUAAGAGUGAAAGCAUCCUCCCAAGAUACUACAAAUACUUAUUGACAAAUCUUGUCCAUCUUUCAUUAGCAUUAAAUCUUGACUGAUCAUUUCCAGAUCAAGCCUGGAUAUUCUUCUUCCUUUUGUUACAUUUGUGUCUCUCUGUAUUAAAUAGUUUAGGGAUGACUCCUGCAGUCUUUCUCCUCCACAGCUCUAUGCUGGCUUCAGUGGCAAGAUUUAGCAUUGUAAGAAGUGUAGGAUCUGGCCCACCAGGUACGAAGAUCUGUCUUGUAAAGCUGAGACUUUCCUCUUCCCUUAGAGGAAGAAGUCCAACAUAUACUUGUGCUAUAUAAGUUAUAUAUAUAAUGAUACAGUUGUAUAUAUAAAUUAUAUGCAUGGUAAUGUGGAAAUGGGGUUGUAGGCUGCCUUUAUCACCUCAAGAACAGGAUUUGUUACCUGAAAAUUUUCAAAUGCAGGUGUCAUUUUUCAAACAGGGUUUUGUAGUUUUCCUUAAUGCUUGUUAAUGGCAUUUUUUGUGUAAUAAUUGAAGUUGGAACUCUUUGCAAUUUUCAAAAUGAAAGCUUUUAUUAGGUUUUUUUUAAGUGCUUUGGUCCUAACUUCUAUAUACUGCCAGAAAACAGGCUCUCCACCCUGUCUCUGUGUGGGUGUAGACGUAGAACAGUAUACCAUAUAUACCUACACAGAAGAGGAGACUGAGCUGCUGACUUACGGUUUGUAGUAGCCAACCGUGCCUAUUGCUUUGAUUUAGGGAGGGCACUUGCUGUUGCCACUGCAUUUUAGGAGUCAUGUCAACUUCUGUAGGAAAGUCUUCAACAGUGCUGGGAAACACAUGUUGCUGUGUACUGUGAAUGAGUAGGGGAUUGGGAGGGGAGGUGGGACGGGAGGGAGAUUUGAGGGCUUAUCAUGUACACACUAAAAGUGAACUAGAAUGAACAGAAAGAUGACAAUUUUAGCCUUUAUUGUUUGUCUCUCGGGGAAAUGAAAAGUUAAAAUAUAGUCCCUGGAAGGCCGGAUGGCUGAAGGGCUGAUGUUUAUAUUUUGCAACAUACAUUUUACCUGUCGCUCUGUGUUUUAAACCCCAGGCCUGUCAGAUUCUGGAAGUAGACUGAAACACUAAUUUAAACACUAUUUUUUUUACCAAGGCCAUGUGUCUACCAGACAAGCUACUCUGUGCUAAACUGUCAGUCUAGUUAAAAUAGCCUAUUACUUGAUUGCCUGGACUGAGUUUGCAUUGGCAUCCUAUACAGUUAAGCUGAAGUGUAAGAAAUGCUUCAGCCAAUUAAGAUACCUCUACAGGAAAGUUCUUGCACCAAUAUAAGUAUCUGGUCUUGAAAUCUCUGCGUAUAAACCAUGGCAGCUUUUCUUUUAGAAACAAGGCCUUAGUUUAGCAUGUCUGCUCAUCUAGUUGAAAAAAUAGUAAUGCAGGCUGAGAUAUCUUUUUUCCCCUUGCCUGUUUGCUUUCUUGUCCUUUGAAACCUUUUUUGUUUAGGGGAUUUUUUUUUUUUUAAAUCAACAACAAAAGUAUGAAUGCUCCCUAUUUAAUAAAAAACAAACAAACAUUGCUUGAAGGACUUUCAUUUUGCACUAUAAUUUUUCUUUUACCAGAUGUGUCUGACAAGUGCAUUUUGGAGAUGCCCUCGGUCACAUUCUCUCAGGCCUACUCUGGUAUUUCUAAUAUAUCACAGAAGUACCCAAUCUUGUAGCCCUCAGUUCUGACUUUUUUUGACAUUUUAUUUUUUUUAAGCUUUUUAUAUAUAUAUAUAUAUAUAAAUAUCUAUAUUACUUUGUCAUUUUUUUUGCUGUACAAAAAGUCUUAAGAUUUAAAAAUAUUAUUUGUAUUAUAUGAUGGUGGUAUGUUAAUGUUACAAAAUUAUUAAUGAAGAAAAAAUUUAUU